AUGCUCGGGGUUGUGGUGUACACCUUCGUCAUCCGCUUUGAGAGACACUGCGCCAGGGGCCACAAGAAGAUUCUGGAGGAUUUGGACCUAGUGGAGCGGACGCUUUGGCUCACCCACUUGCCCUGUGCCGACUCACAAACCCGUGAGCCUUUUUGCUUGCAAAACGACGAGGUGGAGCAGGUCGAGGCAGACCUUUGCGACAAGAUCAAGGUAGACCUGAGGGCGAAGAAGAAGAAGGACCCGGAGCUGUGGAGCGCCGUUGACCCGGAUGAAGCCAUCGAAGAGCUGUUCGUCACGCCUGUCGUCGACGAGUGGCACGCGGUGGUGAACAGGAUCAAGAAGUACGAGUACCUGUCACGGGAGUACCGGAAGAGACACUCCAAGUCAAAGAAGAUGCUUGGUGAGUUUUGUGCCUACAUCUUCGGAGAUCAGCGAGCUCAUCAGGAAGGAGUCCGAGGGCCUCUGCUCUCGAAGCUGUACAAACUGCCUGGCAAGUUCGGGCUAUGUCCCGAUUCGCUCCAGCCCGAUGACACCAUCCUGGCCAAGUUGGGUCGGAAAGCCAUGGAAGACCAGACAGGGUUCUGGGAUUCGGCGGGCGUGCUCACCUUUAUCAACGACAGGAACAUGCCGCUGGGCUCCUCCUCCAACGGUCCGAAUGCAGUGCUGGCCCGGUGUGCUGACGGCACAUAUGGCACUGUGGAGCACCCUAGGAUGAACCUCUUCUACGAAAGUGAGGAGAAGGUGCGGUUGCUUCUGAAUGGCUUCAUGAGUUUCCGCGCAGCCAGUGAGAAGGACAUCUUUGAGAUGUAUGUGGCCAAGCUUCAACAGCAUAGCCUGGGCGGAAGCAGCAGCUUCAAGUUGGAUCCAACAAAACCCGCCCUUCUGAAUGUGACGCUGCAAGCUCACUAUGUGAAGACAGUCAACCUCCUGCAGAAGGUUCUGGCGGCCAUGGAUGCGAGUGGGGGAUCUUUGGCACAGUAUGGCCUUCGAAUCAACUCCUACUGCCAGACGUGGCUUCGCAAUGGGCACCCUGUGGGCGAUGCACAGUUCAGUGUCAUGAGCCCACAUUUCCAGACGCGUGUCUUCGUGGAGUCUGCGGCCAAACUGACGGCAGCCGGGGUGACCAUCCCAGAGAAGGAGUCCUAUAUCAAGAUGAUCAAACAUUUCACCCAAGUGAUGAUCGAGAGUGGCUACGGCGGUCGUGAUGGUCAGGCCUUUGUGAACUUAGAUGGCUUACACGAGGUCUUGAAUGCAGGACUUUAA